UUCUGUGUAUAAUCGUCAAGAGAUUAAAAUGUUUUUUGAAUCCUGCUUAAUAUUAUGGACUAUUCUUAGUUUUAUACAAAGUUCUGAAAAAUCCCUAUCAUCCGUAACUAAAGAUAGGAAAUUCGAAAACAUGAAUUCCGAGACUUCGGAGAAGGCAGAGGACUCCAGCCGGCUGUUUGUGGAGUUGAGUGACCUUCUGCUGUGGCGCAACUUCCGAGUGACGCUGAUUGUCUUCACGAGCGUCCUGCUCCUGCUGCUGGAUGUUAUGUCCCACUCGGUGAUCAGUGUGGUUAGCAUGGCAGGGAUCACUGUACUCCUGGCGGCAAUGGGUCAUCGGUGCUUCUUGCAGUUGUGGAGGACCUGGAAAAAGGAUGGCAGUAGGGAUCCGAUCUCACGAUGGUAUCCUCAAGUGAAGAUCGAUAUUCCCCGGGAGGAGACUAUGCGACUGGCCGGAACGGCAGUGACAUAUCUGAAUAAGAUGUUAAACCGACUGUUGGGAUUGUUUCUGGUGGAUAAGUGGGAGGACUCCCUGAAGUUUCUGGCAUUACUCUGCGGCGUCAAUUUGCUGGGUGAUUGUCUCAACGGCUUGACCAUGCUACUUUUUGGACACUUGUUUAUUUUCACCUUACCAAAACUGUACGAGUUGUACAAGCCCCUCAUUGAUGCCCAGGUCCGGAAAUUCGGUAAAUGCAAGCCACAGGAGAAGAAUGAAGUCGAAAACAAGUCUGAGAAAACGGACAAUUUUCAGGAGGAAUAUCCGACGGAGGUGCCUCAAGAAAGUCAGGAGUCGGGAGAUGGCAAUAUACUGUAUCUACUGGAGGAGGAGCACCGCAAGGGGUGUCGUUGUCGCGAUUGCGAGCACCAGGAUUUGCCCAUUGAGGCGCACUAAACUGUAAUCGGUUAACACUUUAUUUUCUUUGAUGUUGAUGUUCAAAAUUUGUUUUGUGCCAUUCAUUACAUAUCGUUUUCCCGCCUAGUUGGCAAUCA